AUGAGCGACGACGGCUCAACGACGCGGGUGAUAAUUCAUCUUGACCUUGACUGUUUCUAUGCGCAGGUAGAACAGCGUCGUCUUCAUAUUCCGGAAGGUAAGCCUGUCGCGGUGCAGCAGUGGGGUAGUCUGCUAGCUAUCAACUAUGACGCACGCAAGUAUGGCGUGAAGAAAGGGGAUUUUGUGGACGACGCUAAGAAGAAAUGUCCGCAAAUUCACGUGCCACAUGUAGAUACAUUGGGCGAGAACCGCAAGCCGGGACAUCUCUUUGACCGGACGUACCAGAAAGCCAUCUUACGGAGGUACCGUGUUGCAAGUCGCGAGAUCUUCGCGAUUCUUAGCUCCAUGGUUUCAGUGAUUGAGAAGGCGAGCAUCGACGAGGCAUUCAUGGACGUCACAGAUAUGGCUAAAGAGAGACUUGCGCGUAUUAGUGUCUUUUCGUCAGAUUUUUGCCAGGAUCCUGCCAAUCGCGAUACGAUGGUGUUUGGAGUAGCUGGAAUGGAUAAAAGUAAAACUUCUGACAAGGAUUCCCUCAAUUUGUGCGCGUUUCCCCUCACAAAUAUUGAGCAGCUUCUUUGCAUUGGUGCAAUUAUCUCACGAGAGAUUCGGCACGCAAUCUACAACAAACUUGGCUAUACUUGCUCAACGGGUAUUGCCUGCAACAAGCUUCUUGCUAAGUUAGCGUCACCACUCAACAAACCGAACGGUCAAGUCGUGGUUGCUCCUCGCUUUGUCACCACUCUUUUGAAAAGUUUGCCAAUGCGGAAGAUACGAGGGCUUGGUGGUAAGCUUGGCACGCUACUCGAGGACAUCUAUACACGCUCAAAACCGAAGAAUGUUGUAGCCGCUGGGCACGGAAAAGUGACAGCUGAAGAAAAUUCUCAGAUACUAACUGCGCAUGCUUUCCUCCAGCGCUGCGGGCUGGCAGAACUGACCAAGCACGUUGGCCAAGAAACAGCGGCUUAUGUUCAUCGGAUAUGUCAGGGUAACGACAAUGGUGAACCGGUGGAAGAGAAGAAGGUUCAAGUGAAGAUAGUAAGCUGUGUAAAGCAAUUUGACCAGCGCUCUGGGUCCGCAUUGAGGCGUCUCGAGGAGCUCGAGUAUUGGGUGCGCUUGCUGUGCGAGGAGAUGGUCAUACGCUGCGAGGACGAGCGCGUUGAGAACAAGCGCUUUCCCUCGCAACUGACUAUUCAGUUCAUGCGCGCCAAGCCUGGCGACAAGCCGCGUACGUUUAAGCUGGGCAUUGCUCAGGAUACGAUCGUGGACAAGCUAUACACAGCAGCUAUGAAUGUUAUGAGGCUCCACUUAGAUAGCGUGUUUCCAAUGGCUGCCCUCAGCAUGCACGCCAAGAACUUUUAUGACCUCGACUCAGACUCUCCCACUAUUUCGAGAUUUUUCACUCGAAUACCAGAAAAAUCGGCUUAUGUUGAUCUGGCUGCAGAGCGCAUGGAAGGAAAUAGCAAAUUGCUUGAAGCUAAACGAAAUAGGAUCGAUUCACCAACGCGAAAUUGCAGAAGGCAAAAAAUAUCAGCAUUUUUCACUCCAUCAAGCUUCACAAAUGGUAGUGAUGUCGAAACAGAAAAGAAAAUCGCUACUGUUGCAAUAGCGCACGUGGACGAUGCUUGCAAGUCAGCCAGAGCAUGUGAAGAAAAAAUUACGUCAGGCAACGCGCAAGGAAGAGCUGCUAAAUCAUCUGAACAUUUUUGUGAGGAGUGCAGGCAUGUUGUGUCGGAGCCUCGUGCUGAGCACAUUGACUUUCACUAUGCAUUAAAACUUAGCCAGACGCAGCGCUCAGAUGCCAUGGCAAACGCAGUAGUCGCGGGAACAAGAAAAAAAGGUCCAAUUGAUGCUUUUCUGAGCCGAUAG